CUUCUUCCUCCACUUCCCACCCACUCUCUCUCUCCCACUUACCUUCAACUUAACUUUUCAUUUCACUCUUCCCUUCAACCCCUUAAAACACCGCCAAUCUGUUCUCCUCCGCCUUUCGUCGGUUUCCCUUCUCCUCCCUGCGUGCAUCUCUUGGAUUGACUGCCGCGGCUACUUCCUCGCUCCACCAAAAAUCCUCACCGGCUACCUCCGCUUUCCCUAAUCCCCUUUCGACGCCACUGCGCGUCAAUCCUCCAGCCUCCAGAAUGGUUCACACUAACGUCGUCAUCAUCGGCUCCGGCCCCGCUGCGCACACCGCGGCCAUCUACCUCUCCCGCGCCGAACUCAAGCCCGUCCUCUAUGAGGGUAUGCUGGCGAACGGCACCGCCGCUGGCGGUCAGCUCACCACUACCACCGACAUCGAGAACUUCCCCGGUUUCCCCGAUGGUAUCGGCGGUGCGGAGUUGAUGGAGAACAUGCGCAAGCAGUCCGUCCGGUUCGGCACCGAGGUGAUCACGGAGACCAUCUCCAAGGUGGACUUGUCCCAGCGCCCGUUCAAGCUCUGGACCGAAUGGAACGAUGGCCCCGACAACGAGCCCGCUCACACCGCCGACGCCGUCAUCAUCGCUACCGGUGCCAACGCCCGCCGUCUCGACCUCCCUGGUGAGGAGAAGUACUGGCAGAACGGCAUCUCCGCCUGCGCUGUCUGCGACGGUGCCGUGCCGAUCUUCCGCAACAAGCCCCUCUUCGUCAUCGGCGGUGGUGACUCCGCCGCCGAGGAGGCCAUGUUCCUUGCCAAGUACGGCAGCAGCGUGACCGUGCUCGUCCGCAAGGACAAGCUCCGUGCCAGUAAGACCAUGGCCCAGCGUCUGCUGUCCCACCCCAAGGUCACGGUCCGCUUCAACACCGUCGCCACCGAGGUCCUCGGUGAGGAGAAGCCCAUGGGCUUGAUGACCCACCUGCGCGUCAAGAACGUCGUCUCCGGCGAGGAGGAGGUCGUCGACGCCAACGGUCUCUUCUACGCCGUCGGCCACGACCCCGCCACCGCUCUGGUUAAGGGUCAGAUCAAGCUCGAUGAGGAUGGCUACAUCGUCACUCAGCCCGGCACCAGCUACACCAGCGUGGAGGGUGUCUUUGCCUGCGGUGACGUCCAGGACAAGCGCUACCGCCAGGCCAUCACCAGUGCCGGAUCCGGCUGCAUUGCUGCCCUCGAAGCCGAGAAGUACAUUGCCGAGAAGGAGUCCAACGACAAGGAGCCCGUUUCCACCAUCGAGAAGUCCACCGUCAAGCCCGCCACCCAGGAGGUCGACGGCGAGGUCAAGAAGGAAGCCGAGGGUUCUGCCGCCGAGUACAAGUCCAACCCUCUUCUCUAAGCGACUCCAACCCGCCGCUCCUUCCCUCUACCAUUCACCACCUCCCAAUCCCAUAUCUAGCCACCCUCGGCCUUUAUAUUUGCCUUCUAUCGCAUUGAUAAGGUCUUUUUUCACACUAAACUAGACAUACACACCAUUGUCACCCCGAUCUUGCAUGAGCAUGAGCAUGAUGCAUAGAAGUUGAUGUUGUCUGUCUUUUCGCCUUUGAAAUUACCGCCCCCUGCCGCCAUCUUCUCGUGACUUAUCUUGUUAUGGGUUAUAUCUUAGACUUAGCGUUUUUUUUAUCUUUUUUUUUUUUUUACUUUCUCAUGUUUUGAUAUCAUGUUUGUGAUAUAAGUGAUACAUGCACGGCUUAGACAGUGGGGUUCU